AUGUCGUCGGGUUUCUGGAAUGUACCCAUCGGUGAGUUUAAUGUGAUACCUUUCGGGAUUAAGAACCCACCGGCGGAAUUUCAGCGCGCUAUGGACGCGUCUUUUGAGGAGGUGCUGGGCACGAUGGACGGCGAAGCCGGGAUGCUAGACAGGAUAGAAAAGAUCUUGUGGUUGUGCAGGGCGAACGGAUUUUACCCGAGACUCGAUGAGAGUGAAUGGUUUAAGAGCGAGGUGAGGUAUCUGGGACACGUCACUGUCAAGGACGGCAAGAGGUGUCAGGCGAAGGAGAUCGAUGCUCUUAAGAACGCUGCGGCCUGUAGCGACAAGCGCAGCUUGCAGAGUUUCCUUGGGCUAGUUGGUUGCUUGAGGCCUUUCAUCCGGAGAUUUGCCGAAUAUACGGCGCCUUUGUUUAACCUGCUGAAGAAGGGGACGGUGUUUGAUUGGGGGCCUAGACAAGCUGAUGCCUUCAAGGCUCAGAAGGAGGCAGUAGUCGAGGCCGCGUUACUAUACACACCAGAGCCUGGCCAGCCCUAUACCAUUGAGACGGAUGCGUCGGUGUUGGGGAUUGGCGCAGUCUGA